ACAUUCCAAAAAUAAAGCACGCCAUCUUAUCUUUCUCCCUCUUAAGAGGAGACCUCCAAUUGUUCUCCUAUUAAUAGACGCUAUGCUGGUCACCGGCAAUUCUUCCACGCCGGAAGGAACGGCGGAGCCGUUGGAGGCUGGCCUGAAGAGUAUCUUGGCUUCAUUGAGAUCAAAUUUUGGCUAAACGAUACAUGAUUCUGUGAGAAGAAAAUGCGAGCCAUAAGAUUAUAAUCCUAGUGGUUGAACAGAUGAAUUAAGACUAUUGUAAGGUGAAUGCUAAAACUAGUAGUAAUGGAGCCUUUCACCAAGCUGGCAGAGAAUGAGACUGCUCAGUUACAGAGAGCAGUAUUUGCCCAGUAUAUUAUGAUGAAAAAAUUAUUCAUGGAGCUAGAAGAGGAAAGGGAGGCUUCAUCAAGUGCUGCAAGCGCUGCCCUGUCAAUGAUUAGAAAACUUCAGAAAGAAAAGGAGGCAGAGAGAAUGGAAGCAUGUCAGUACAGAAGAAUGGCUGAAGAAAGGAUGAAUCAUAGUGACAAAGCCCUGGAGGUCGUGAAGGAAGUCAUGCAGCACAAGGAACUGGAGAUCUAUUAUCUCAGGAGCCAACUGCAGGUGUAUAAACAAAGGUUACUGGGUGUUGGUAUUGAUGAUUGUGAUAUUGCAGACGAGACGAUAACAAAAAAUAUACCUUUGUUUGGAAGCAGAGAUGUAGAGAAUCUUUGUUAUACCAUCAAAAGGAAUUUCUCUCUUCCAACUUUUCAGUUGAGUAAACGUUUUGCUGAAAUGGACAUGAACAAAAACAACGGAUCGGUUGCGUCAGCGAGGAGCAGGCUAGGUGUUUACAUGCACAACUCUAGUGAAAAUGAACUGGAACAAGUUUCCAGCGACCUGAAAGCCAUAGGUUCCAAGGAAAGCUUAGCAGCAGAUAUGGACAGUACUGAAAAGCAUGGGGAAGAACCAAAACCUUCAAGCAACAGUGGUACUGAACACUCUUGUCCAUCCGAAGGGUCUUCUCGUUCUUCCCCCUUCUUAAUGGCGGGGCACCACACAGAUAUAUGCAGUCAAAUUGUAACACCGGUUGGCAAAGAUGUCCAAGACACGCUACAUGCUGAUCCACUCGGGUCACUGCGUCCAGACAAUGAAAUGGAUAACACUGUAGCUCAUCAUAUAGGUCAUGCUGACACACUAAAGCAUCCAGAACUAAUCAAGGCGCCGGCAGAAUACUCAUGUACUCCUACUAAACAUAGCAUCAGCACAAAGGAAUCUGAAACGCCUCACGCGGUUGCUCUAAGAGAUAAAGGGUCCCAUGUUCUUUCGAAGUUUUCAGCGACGCGAAAAGUUGGCUCCAUGAAUAACGUUGACAGACAUGUCCGUGUAGCUGCGGCGAGUUCUACGCCACGAGCUGGAGUCGAGAGAACAAGAUCAAGGCUGAAGCGUGUUCAGAGUGAAAAGAUGAUUGAGCUAAAUGAUCCUAAGAAGAACAAGGAGCAGAUCAUAAUGCUCAAGGAGGUAUACGAGCAGCUUAACAUGAUAGAAGCACACAUGAGACCUUCCGCUUCACAGGAGACCCCUAGAAAUGACCAGUCGUUGGACUCUGUUAUGGAGGCGGCUCUGUCCUUCUCCAUAUAGUCCAGCAAUUCAAGUUCUGUUGUAGCUUGAAGGUAUAAGCCUAAAAGGUCAUUGUGCCUGCUUGCUUUUCAAGAUCGUCUUGGAACAAAGACAAUGUUUGAUAUUUAGGUGUCUGAAUUUCUCCGUCACAUCAAACGGAGGUGUAAAUUGAAGAAGUUCAGCACAAAUUCGAUUCAUAACAUUUGUAUAUAACGCUCCCUGAAAUGUGUGCAGUCGUCACCAGCAACUCAUUUUUGAAGAAAUGUGGGCAUGAGUCCUGCUGACCUGAUGCCCACUCUUAACAUCCGGUGUAUUGGAUAUUUCAUCUUUUUAGGAUCCUUGGAUUGAACCAGGCUGCAUCCCAAGCAACUAGCAACCUCUGGUCGUGGGCUGGUGCAAGAGAGUUGUAGAACUUCUAUAUCUUAUGAUAACUAGUAUUGAUGACUGUGAAAUGCAAGGAAAUUCAUGUUUACAAGAAACCAAAAGGCCAAGAUGCACGUGAUAGUAUCUCAAGGUAUGCUAAAAGUAGUGCCCAAUGAAUUGCUAUGAUAGCAGCAGUGUUUCCGAAGGAACCAGCCCAAAUCUUCUAUGUGCAUUAUAGAAUGCUGGAAUGAGUACCUUGGCUGGAACAUCAAAGCUUUGGUACUUAUGUUUCAUCGAGGAAGUUUCUCAUUCCUUUUUCACGAUGCCUCUUGACCUCAGUAAGAGAAAAAGAUGCAGGCAAAACUAGAUCUGAUGGGAAUGGAGAUGUUUAGUCUUUUGUCAUU